AUGAUCUCCUUCUUCCCUCCGCCAUGUCCGCAGCUGCCUGAGUUCCAAACUUUGCUCGUCAGAGGGACGUAUCACGCGUCCGCCCCCGUUCACCUCCUGCUGUCACACUGCUCCGGGACUCCUGGGGCCAGAGCAAUCUGCCUCACGCCUCAGCGCGAACCCUUCACAAAUGCCCUGGUAGAGCUCAAGGACCAGUGGAUCGAAGUUCAUGGCGGUAUCGGACGUACUUCUGCCGCCGCACUACGCACUGAAAUCUUGUUUGUCGUCCUUGGUUUCGAGUUGGUGUAUGGUCUGAUCAGUAUAUGA